ACAAGUGGAGUAAACUUAACCUAACGUUUAACCUGUAUUUGUUGUGUUUAGAUUUUAUGCAAAUUUACUCGAAAAAGCAAUUCUUUACCUUAGGAUGGAGUCUAAACCACAAAAGAUGCCAAAGGUGGCAAAGGUUAAGAAUAAAGCCCCAGCGGAAAUCCAAAUUACCGCUGAGCAGCUUUUACGUGAAGCAAAAGAGAGAGACUUGGAAAUCCUGCCUCCACCGCCAAAGCAAAAGAUCUCUGAUCCUGCAGAACUUGCUGACUAUCAGAUGAGAAAGCGUAAAACCUUUGAAGACAAUAUCAGGAAGAAUCGUUCUGUUAUGUCAAACUGGAUUAAAUAUGCCCUGUGGGAAGAGUCUCAACAGGAAACUCAAAGAGCCCGUUCCGUUUUUGAAAGGGCAUUAGAUAUUGAUCAUAGAAACAUCACAUUAUGGCUCAAAUAUGCUGAAAUGGAGAUGAGAAAUAGACAGGUAAAUCAUGCCAGAAAUCUUUGGGAUAGGGCAGUAACAAUUUUGCCCAGAGUUAAUCAGUUUUGGUACAAAUACACAUAUAUGGAAGAAAUGUUGGAAAACAUUCCUGGCGCAAGAGCAGUCUUUGAAAGAUGGAUGGAAUGGGAACCUGAUGAACAAGCGUGGCAAACAUAUAUUAACUUUGAAUUAAGAUUUAAGGAAAUGGAAAGAGCUAGGCAAAUUUAUGAGAGGUUUGUUAUGACUCAUCCCCAGGUGAAACAUUGGAUUAAAUAUGCCAGAUUUGAAGAGAAUCACGGCUUUAUUAAGUCAGCCAGGAAUGUCUUUGAAAGAGCAAUAUAUUUUUAUGGUGAUGACCAUAUGGAUGAAAAGCUGUACAUAGCAUUUGCAAAGUUUGAAGAAAACCAAAAAGAGCAUGAUAGAGCACGAAUUAUUUAUAAAUAUGCUUUAGACCACCUUCCAAAAGACCAGGCAAAAGAACUGUAUAAAGCAUAUACUAUUCAUGAGAAAAAAUAUGGAGACAGAAGUGGAAUAGAAGACGUUAUCGUUUCCAAACGUAAAUUUCAAUAUGAACAAGAAAUCGCCCAAAAUCCAAACAAUUACGAUGCUUGGUUUGAUUAUUUGAGACUCAUAGAAAGCGAGGGCGAUUUUGAAGCUAUUAGAGAGACAUACGAACGUGCUAUUGCCAAUGUACCACCUACAAAAGAAAAACAGUACUGGAGAAGAUACAUUUAUUUAUGGAUCAACUAUGCGCUCUUUGAAGAACUGGAUGCACAGGACCACGAGAGGACUGCCGAUGUGUAUAAGGCAUGUUUAGAACUAAUUCCUCACAAAACUUUCACGUUUUCAAAAAUCUGGCUCCUUUUCGCGCAAUUUCAGAUACGUCAAAAAGACUUGAAAGCUGCUAGGAGGAUACUUGGAACUGGAAUUGGGAUGUGUCCCAGGGACAAGCUUUUUAGGGGCUAUAUAGAUUUAGAAAUACAAUUAAGAGAAUUCGAUAGAUGUCGAAUUUUGUAUGAAAAGUUCUUGGAAUUCGGUCCUGAAAACUGCGUUACGUGGAUAAAAUUUGCGGAGCUAGAAGCUCUUUUAGGGGAUUACGAAAGAGCGAGAGCUAUUUACGAACUUGCCAUCAAUCAACCUUUGUUAGAUAUGCCAGAAUUAUUGUGGAAAUCCUAUAUAGACUUUGAAAUAUCUCAAGACGAAACGGAGAAAGCCAGACAAUUAUACGAACGUUUGUUAGAGAGAACCAACCACGUUAAAGUUUGGCUUUCUUAUGCCAAAUUUGAGGUGAACAACGAAACUGAAGACAACAUGAACGUAUUGUUAGCGAGAGGGGUUUAUGAACGGGCAAACGACAAUUUAAGGGGCACUGUCGAGAAAGAAGCGAGAGUAAUGCUACUCGAAAACUGGCGCGACUUUGAAAAUACAUAUGGAGAUGAAAACACGCAAGAAAAAGUUAACAGCAGAAUGCCUAGAAGGAUUAAGAAGAGACAAAAGGUCGUGGAUGAAGACGGCAUCGAACAAGGAUGGGAGGAAGUGUUUGACUACAUAUUCCCCGAAGAUGAGGCCAGUAAGCCUAAUCUUAAACUUCUAGCAGCAGCCAAAAUGUGGAAGAAAUUAAAAGACACUGAAGGUGAUGAUGAUCAACCUGAAGCAGAUAAUAUAGAAGAAAACGAUCAUAAUGAACCAUAAUUAAUUAAUAAUCUUAUUAUCUUUAAGCCAU